GUGGUAAGUUACGGCUAGCAGCCAGCAGGUUCGUUUGACCGGUCCAGUCGCAGCACUUUCCUGCCCCGGCUCCUUCGCGUGUCUCCUUCCGGUGUCUGACGGAGACUUUUCUGUUGUCUUGUGUGUGAUGGAACUGGACAAAAUGGAUGAAAACGACUGGAAAUACCACGGAGAGGGGAACAAGAGCCUGGUGGUCUCCCAUGUUCAGGUCUCCAGAGUUUUACGUUUGCUCAAAUAUCCGGCAGAAGACUCUGAGAACCCUCCACAGACGGUGGAGCAGGCCUUCAGGCAGAUCCAGAACAUCGUGGACUUCAGCUCCAACGUGAUGAGCAGCCUGCUGGGGGACAAGUUCGUCCACAGUGGGGAGGUGGUGAAGCUGCCGCUGGACUUCGUUCGACAGCUGUCAAUCAAGAUUCAGCACCUGCGACCAGCGUGGCGCUGCGACAAGGUGAUGGACAUCUACAGCGGCUGCGCGCUCUGUCUGCCCAACCUGACGUCUCCGUGUCCCCAGCCUCCGACCCACUCGCCCCCCCUCUGCGUCGAGAUCAAGCCUAAAUGUGGCUUCCUGCCGUCCCCCAAACACGUCAGCAAAGACAUGAAGACCAAAGUGUGUCGUUACUGCAUGCACCAGCACUACAAGGUGGCUCACGGGAAGUGGAAGAGACGCAGUCUGUACUGUCCUCUGGACCUCUUCUCAGGGAACAGACAGAGGAUGCACUUCGCCAUCAGACACCUGAUAGAGGAACCUCAGAACAACUUCAAAGUGUUUAAGGGCGGUCAGUGUGUUUACAGCAGUAAGGAAGGCGGCGACGACCCGCCGGACGUCAGCGUCCUGCUGCAUCACCUCAGACCGUACUUCCAGGGCGGGAACAACCGGAUCAACGGCCACAUGACCGGCAAGGCGGUUCUGAACGACUUCAUCCAGGUUCUGGUGAAUGCCCUGCUGAGCAGUGGGGGCGGAGCCAGAGGACAAGUGACUGACAUACGAGGAGAGGGGCGGAGCUUCUGUCAGGCUAGCCUGUUAAACAAGGAGCGGAUUCGUCACGGAUCUCAGGGUUUACCCAGCGACAGCGUUCUGUUCCGGAUCCUUCAGACCCAGAUGUUGGACACGUUGGACAUCGAAGGUCUUUAUCCUCUGUACCGCCAAGUGGAGCAGCACCUGCAGGACUUCCCUAAAGACAGGACGCGGCUGCAGAUCGACGGACCGUACAGCGAAGCGUUCCUGGAGAAGGUGCAGAAGUGUUCGAUGGAGGACGACGGCUCGGUGGAGUUUGCCGCUGCGAAGAUCCAUCAGUACCGGAUCGCCAUGACAGCCAAGGACUGCUCCCUCAUGGUGGCUCUUGUUCCCCGCGGUGAGGAAGAGGAGGAUGAUGAUGAAGAUCUCUCCUCUCAGAGAAGACCCCUCCGGUCUCCUGCCUUCUCCUCCUCGGUUUCCAUCCUGGACCUGGACCCGAAGCCGUUCGACAGCAUCCCCCGUCAGCUGCGCCUGGACCAGAAGAUCGUCUCGUCUUACCUGAGAACCGGCGGUGCCUUGCCCAAGGGCUCUCUGUCGCUGCUCCCCAACAUCAUGGCGUCUGCGGAGAGGGACGACCGCACGCUGCUGUUCCACCCCAUGUGAGCCGGGAUGGCGCCGGCUCCGAUCAGGUUUCCACAGAGUCGGGCUCUGGAUCCGGAGCGUCGGUUGCCACGGUGAUCUGGUUGAGAGGCGACCCAUCGGUUCUGCCUCCAGUUGUCUUUACCCAUAAUGCUUUGCACCACCUCCAGCAGAUUUUAAUUGUCAACAUGUAAUCUGAAUGGAGUCGAUGAAAGGCGGGGCCAAAAGAUUGUUAAAGGAAGAGUUCACCUCCAGGGUCAAAGGUCAUCAGCCUCUAAAAACCACUAAACUUUAUUUUUACUAAAUAAAACUAAUAACUCUCUUCAGAGGGCAGAUUAUUAAAGAGAUUAACGUCUAGAUUCCAGUUGUCAUGAGAUGCCUGA